CAGAUCUGGGCAGACGCAAUCAUCUGCUGCAGCAAUCAUCAGAUGGACUCCCGGUUCGACUCGGAAACCAUCGAACUUCGAAGACUCUCAACUCGGCCAUGUCAAACGGGGACAUUCUUCACCAUCCUGCGGUUGCAUGAUCCACAUGGGGCUGCCACUGCGGGCUCGCACACAUCACCCGGCUUUUCUCAUCCCACAAUGGCUUCCAGCACUUGGGUGCCCCAGCGCUCUGUCGCAGAGACGCAAGCUAUUCUCGACGCUCCCGAAUCGCUACUGGAGACGGAGACGCGUGUGAUCGACAACAAGGUGCAGCGGGUGUACAAGAAGCUCUGGCCGACCAUCCGAGACUUCUGGCUGUGGUCCGCUGCGAGGACGGGCAAUGCCGACAAGACGUAUGUCGUCUUCGAGAAACAGCGGUACACGUACCAGCAGAUGUUCGACCGGUCGGUGAAGGCCGCGGCGGUCUUCCGGGAUGUGUAUGGAAUUAAGAAAGGGGACAAGGUAGCCAUCUGCUCGCGCAACAAUCCAGAGUACCUCGUCGCCUUCUGGGCUUGUCACUUCCUGGGAGCCAUAACCGUACUGGUCAACGCCUGGCUGCCGACUACUCCAUUGCUGCAUUGCUUCACUCUGACUGAAUGCAAGCUCGUCAUGCUUGACGCUGAACGCGCGGAUCUGCUCGAGCCAGGGGUCAAGCAGCUAGGCAGCUGGGAUGGGAUGGCUUCCUGGAAUGCUGUGAUGGAUCGCUAUACUGGGGACGCUCGCUCUGUCUUGGCCACGAAAGUAGAGCUUCUGCCGGAAGACGACGCGGUUAUCUUUUUCACUUCGGUGCGGAGUAUGUCCUCAUUUUGCUUUCAGAUGCCGAGCUUACCAUGGUCCCAGACUACAGGAUUACCCAAGGGAGUGCUCAGCACCCAUCGCCAAUACAUGACCAACACCUUGACUGCUUUCUCGGCCCGAGCCCGAUGCAUGGUGCGACGCGGUGAAGCGAUGCCGGUCCUAGAUCCGAACGCGUCGCAACAAGUAAUGCUUGCACCGAGUCCAUUCUUCCAUGUCGUGGGUGUGAGUCAUACUAGUCGUCGGCCUUUCCUUCCCCGGGAUGCUAACGCCCGAACAGUUAACAACAUUAGUGGGACCUUUAGCGGGGCGAAGCUCGUUCUGAUCCGUAAAUGGAAUGUCAAGGAAGCCAUUCGGUUCGUCUAUCCCCGCAGCUUCGGCCUCCAUGACCCACUCAUCACACCUACACUUGACAGUCUCGCCGUGGCGGAGAAUGUCAACUACUUUGGCGGCGUCCCGUCCCUCUCCGCAGAUAUUAUCGAAAGUGAACUGAGCAAAAUGGGAAUCGCGCUUGAUACCUUGGCGCUCGGUGGGGCGGCUGUGCUGCGGAACUGGCUAAGCGAGCGCAUGCGGCCU